AUGGAGGAGUUGGCCAGAGAGAGCAUCAGCCUGCUGGCGUCAGCCUCGGCCAAGCCGCUGCUGGGGCCCCGGCUGGGCUCCAGGGGGCCCCGGCUGGGCUCCAGGGGGCCCCAGCUGGGCUCCACGGGGGCCCGGCUGGGCUCCGCGGGGGCCGUAUUCAUCAUGCUGAAGUCCGCCCUGGGCGCCGGGCUGCUCAACUUCCCCUGGGCCUUCCAGAGAGCCGGCGGCAUCCGCAGCGCCGUGGCCGUGGAGCUGAUCUCCCUGGUGUUCCUGAUCAGCGGGCUGAUCAUCCUGGGCUACUCGUCGUCCAUCAGCGGCCAGUGCAGCUACCAGGCGGUGGUGAGGGAGCUGUGCGGGCCGGCCAUCGGCCAGCUGUGUGAGAUCUGCUUCGUCUUCAACCUCUUCAUGAUCUCCGUUGCCUUUCUGGUCAUUGUGAACGACCAGCUGGAAAAGUUGUGUGUCUCCCUGUAUGAGAUGGCAACUGGUUUGCAGAAAUCAGAGAUGCCGUACCACUUCUAUACAGACCAACGCUUUGCGCUGUUGCUGCUCUGUGUCUUCCUCAUCCUGCCAAUGUCCAUCUCCAAAGAGAUCAACAUUCAGAAAUACAUCAGUGUUCUGGGGACUCUGGCUGCAACCUACCUGACUAUAGCAAUCAUUGUCAAAUACUACACCAUGCCCCCGGUUCUGGCUCGCAGCACCCCCCUCUACUCCACCGGGAUCAGCUCCUGGGCCUCCAUGUUCAGCGUUAUCCCAACCAUCUGCUUUGGUUUCCAAUGCCACGAGGCGUCCAUCGCCAUCUACAGCAGCAUGGAGAACCAGCGUCUCUCCCACUGGGCCUUCGUCUCCGUGGUUGCCAUGGUGAUCUGCCUCGUCAUCUACUCGCUCACAGGGGUUUAUGGGUACCUGACAUUUGGAAAGGAUGUGAAGGCUGACAUUUUAAUGUCAUACACCAGCUAUGACAUCAUGAUGUUCGUUGCCAGGCUGCUGUUUGGCGUGUCCAUCAUUACCAUCUAUCCCAUCAUCGUGCUGCUGGGCAGGUCGGUGAUCCAGGAGCCCGUCCUGAGCUGGUGGCGGAGCCGCGGCGGAGCGGGAAUGGCAGAGUUGGAAAGCCGCAGCCGCUACAUGCUGACGGUGCUGUGGGUGACGCUGACUCUGCUCAUCGCCGUGUUCGUGCCCGACAUCAGCAAGGUCAUCGGCGUCAUCGGAGGGAUCAGUGCCUUCUUCAUCUUUAUCUUCCCAGGGCUGUGCCUGAUGUUUGCCAUGCAGUCUGAGCCAGUAUCCUGCAGGACCAGAGUGGUCCUCACGGUGUGGGGAGUGGUGACGCUGAUCUGUGGAGCCUUCAUCUUCGGCCAGAGCACCGCCAUCACCGUCCUGCACCUGCUGGAGAACAUCUGACCCCCCUCACGGAGACACCGCUCCCUCUCAGUGGACCACAACCAGCAACCCUCCUCUCCUGCUGAUGGACAAUACCUUUACUCACUGGUGCCGUAAAGAUUACGAUGCUUUCUCACCAUUUUCACAUUUGGCAAUGUUACCACGGACACGUGAUGGCUUGAAACCUUUCCAGGACUGCUUUGUUUUUCUGCAGAGGAACCACAGAACACUUGAGAGGCUGCAGGGUCUCUACGGAGCUUUUCUCUUCAUGGAUGUUUGCGUACUUGUGUGUAAAUAAAAUGUCUGAUUCAAUGUUUCAAACGGGAAACUAUUGCAGUCUUACAUUUUGAGUAAAAAUAAAGGCUAAAUA